UUCUAGUCACGACCUCUGGAAAGGAGAAAGAGGCGAGCGUGAGCGAAGGGGCUGGAGCCGGGUGAGCCUGUUGGAAAAGGAACCGUCGUAUGUUUAGGCUCCCGCGUGAAGGGGGCGGGGUUAGAUGUCACGUGAUGGGAUAAGAUGGCGGUUUCUACUGAAGGCACAGACCUGGAGGCCUCAUUGCUGAGCUUUGAAAAGUUGGACCGGGCAUCACCAGACCUCUGGCCAGAGCAGUUACCAGGUGUUGCUGAAUUUGCAGCUUCUUUUAAAAGUCCCAUCACCAGUUCUCCUCCCAAAUGGAUGGCUGAAUUAGAAAAUGAUGAUAUUGAUAUGUUAAAAGAGCUGGGCAGCCUCACCACAGCUAAUCUGAUGGAAAAGGUGAGAGGUCUACAGAAUCUGGCAUAUCAGUUGGGACUGGAUGAAUCAAGAGAAAUGACUCGAGGGAAAUUCCUGAACAUCCUGGAAAAACCCAGAAAGUAGCUGAUUGUGGAGUAUGGAAAAAAAUGUACCUGGCUGCUGGAAAACUACCUGAAUCCCCAAAUAUGCUGAAAUGGAAAGACCAGUGCUCUGCCUUACGCUUACAGAAAUGCUCCCGUGUCUUACUUCUCAUCUGAAGAGAAGUAUUCCAGAUGAUUUUGGCAAGGACCACCACUUGUUCCCUCAUCAAUUUGACUCUCCUGCCUUUAGUUACUCCUGCACAUUUUGCCAGAAGAAUUUGAUGCAACAGAUUUUUAUACCACAAUCUAGUCAAAAGUAAUGACCUCUUCUGCAGUUGGUAGAAGCAUAGAUUUAAAAUUAAAAGCAGAGAUUAUAUGUUACAAUGAUGAUUAUAUAGGCCAGUGUCCCAAAACAAUGUAUCUCAUGGCUCGUGUGUGUGUGAACGAGAGAGAGUGAAAGAGUGUAAGUGUAAGUCCCUCUUUUCCCUCUGGGACAAUAACUUUAUAUUUAUAGCUACCAUACUGAAAGGCAACACUAUUGCUGGGCACAAGUAGUGUUCUGGAUAAAAACUGACUGGUUGUGUGUGGUUUUUUAUCUUGGCUAAUCUUAGGACUGGGUAAUGCUUCUUACUUUCUUCCAGGUUAGCAUUGUGUAUAGAUUCUUAUUAGCCAUGUACAUUACAUAAAAGACCGUAUCAUUCUUUUGUCUCUCAUGGCUCAUUAUAUGCUGAGGUGCUGGACGUGAUGAGGAGCUACAUACCAAGGCAGAUUUUUUUUUACUGGUUCUAGACUGCCAUUGUUUGGAUGGGGUGAGGUGUGGAAUGUGAAGAGUGUCUCACUAAAUGGUUAAAGAAAACACUCCUAUAAGAAGAAAAGCUGUGUCAUACACCUUUAUCCAUUUGUCCUGUUUUACGUUCAGUUUAACUCUGCUAGAAAGGCUUAUACUGAAAAAAUGUUUAAAGGUACAAUAGCAUCUUUUUAUGACAGAACUACCCAAAAUGGAAUUUGUCUUGUCUUCAUAGUCUGCCUCUGCAUUGUAUUUGUUUUUACAGCUAGAAGACAGUUCUCCAAACAGGUUUCUCUAACAAAAAUAAUGUUAGAGAGAAACCUUCAUUAUGUAGAUUGAGUUACUUUCUCUUUCAGGAAUUAUUUAAUAUUAUUCAUGAAGAGCAUGGACAGGACUUUGCAUUCAAGCUUGUUUUUCUAGAAUAAGAUGCUAGUAACACUUUGGGGGACAAUCCACCCGAAGUUCAGCACUUUUAUGACCCAUUGAUAUCAAUGGAGCACACACUUACAUCUCUCCCAUUAUAAAAUCAAUCGGAUUCAAAAGAGCCUAACUUUGGUUGGGUUGCGACCUCUAUUUUAGUAAAAUAUCUCCAAUGAUCAGCAAUGAGAACAUACAUAGUCCUGAUCAGUUUACAGGAUCCAUGACAUAAGUUUGGGGAUGUAAGAGUAAAACAUAAUCAACAGAUUAUACUUGCAAUUUUACAUGUAUUCUGUAAGCAAUUUUGCGUUGAGGCACUUCAACCAGUGCAUGAGUGAAAUAUCUCUGUUAAGGGGCAGAUGAGUCAAAUUAAGAGUUUCAACUUUAAAGCUUUGUACAUUUGUCUAUCUGAGUACAGUGGGGGCUUUUCUUAUUUUUAAGCAGAAGUACUACAACUGGUAGUACAACAAAGUCUUUGCCUUGUUGAAGUAGAUGAGAGUUGUUGUUUUUCACACGAUGGCAUAUUUGCAGGAUUGUGGUUCAAAUGUAAGGGAGCAAAUGUAUGUAGCAACCCACCCAUCCACCCGAAACAUUUUUGCAUCCCCUUGAUUUCAAUGGAACAGAUUUUGGUGUGUUCCCAAUACUCACAUUGAAAACUAUCAGACAUGAAAGUGUUUGGCUUCAUCUGCAUCAUGCUCUGUGUGUUUUGUUUGUAUUUUUUGAGCCCUUGAAACAUGUUCGGAGUCUGUCAAGCUGAAAAGUUUAGGCAACACAUGCGGGAAGUCCAUGUUGCCAACCCAGUCAUGAAUCACACAUUAGUUGUAAAUUCUUCUGCAUUUGAAAGCAUUUUUUUUAAUUCUGGAAGCUCAUCUGCCAUAGACAGAGCAGUAAAGAUGUAUAUGCUUCAGAGUUGGGAUAUUUAUAUAUUUAUAUUUUUCAUCCAGAGAUAUGCUGGGGAUGUAUUUUUAUAGAUAGUAUUAUUACUUGUAUUGCCCUGAACAAGUAAUCUGUAUUAUGGCUCUGUAGUGUCCUAAAUAAAAGUAAAACAAUAUACAUUUUCAAAAGCAGUCUUUUAAAAUAUGGAAUGUUUUAUGGAAGGCUUUUAGCUAACUCUCAAGCUUGAUUGUAUGCCUGUUUAUUUGGACAUGUUCCAUUGAGUUUUGGAUUUACUAACAUUGAGGUUUAUGCACAUUUACUUAGGAGUAAGUCCCAUUAGAUUCAGUGAGAUGUGCUUUUGAAUAAAGUUGCACAGGAUCGUCUUA